ACCCUUAACCUAGUUUAAACUGCCUAUAAAUACAGAAUUUUACAUUUGAGUAACCAUCCAAAAUAAAGCUUCAAAGAAUAUUAUUGCAUUAUUCAAUGGCGAACAAGAUGCAUAGAUCACUCUCAUUCUUUGUCAUCUAUGCUUUAGUUAUUGCAGUGCAAUUGAUGCAGGUAGAAGCUAAACCAUCACCAUGCAAUGUAAUUCUGAGAAGUUGUUUUACUGAUAAUUGUAGUAAGAAGUGUAUGGACUAUCGAGGAAACUCUAUACUUUUAAGUUCGAAUUGUAACUUCUACAACUUAUGCACAUGUGAAUACGAUAAGCCACCAGCAGGAAGAUCAUGCACAGUUGGUAUGGGACUCUGCACAGAUAUAUGCGGUGAGUCUUGUUGCGAUGGAAAUUGUAAAGGUAGAUAUAUGCACACAGGUACUGGGGUAUGCGUGCAUGACUAUGAUCUAUACUUUUGUAAAUGUGUGUAUCUUCGUUAAGUGUAUGCUUUAUUGAAACAAAUAAAGAUCAAAUUAAAUAAAUUCUUAUUUUAAAUGUA